CUCCGCUCCGCCCCUCCUCCUCGUCCCUCCCUCAAGGCCCGGAAGCGAAAGCCUCUCCACCUCUUCCGAGCGGGGUCACGGCCCGGCCCUCGGUAACCUGGUUUCCGAGAGUGCGGGGCGGUCGGCGGGUCAGGGCAGCCCGGGGCCUGACGCCAUGUCCCGGAACCUGCGCACCGCGCUCAUUUUCGGCGGCUUCAUCUCCCUGAUCGGUGCCGCCUUCUAUCCCAUCUACUUCCGGCCCCUAAUGAGAUUGGAGGAGUACAAGAAGGAACAAGCUAUAAAUCGGGCUGGAAUUGUUCAAGAGGAUGUGCAGCCACCAGGGUUAAAAGUGUGGUCUGAUCCAUUUGGCAGGAAAUGAGAGGGCUGUCAUCAGCUCUGAUUAAGAAAGGAGAUUUCUUCAUGCUUUCGAUUCUGCAUGGGGUACAGUCAGUCACCUCACCAGAGAAUGACGGCUGGAGAAGAAAACUCUGUAAUACCAUAAAUAAGAGUGCUUGUAAUAAAAGACUGUGCACAAGGAUUAAUAUUUCCCUUCUUAAGUAUCAAAAGAACUCUGGAACAAAUUAUACCAUUAGGAAGGUUUUCAUGAUUCAGUUGAUUUUCCAAAAAUGAAGCUAUCUCACCCAGCUGGGUUUGGAGGAGCAAUCUGCUUAUUAUUCUGUCGUUACCACUUACUCAAGCGAGCUGUGAUAUGAAUACAAGCAACCAGUGGGCUCGGGAAGGUCCGGGUCUCUUUUGCCAUCUUCCAGAUAAGAGAUUUCAGUAAAAAACUGCCAUGCUGAGCUGCCUUAUAGAGCUCUUCGAAAAUGUUCGAGUUGAUAAAGCUCUUUGAAGACAAGGUACUUCGUGCACCUCAUGCUGAAGAUUGCACCAUGUUGGAAAAUAAAUAUGAAGCAAGUCAAACUAGAUGCAUACACUUGUGUAGAAAUCAAUAAUCAAUUAAUAGAAGUGAAAAAAUAGACAUUAAAAUGAUUUAUUUCUACUUUGCAGUGGUGUCUUUUUGUAAAUCAUCUUUUGUAAAGCAAUUAAAAUUAUAGUGCCGAGAAGUACAAUUUGACUACAUUAUAUUUGACUAGGUAUCUGUGUGCGAUUCAUCUGUUUGUACUCAGGUAAACGUUUUAGAGGUAAAUAACAAAUUUGUUGAGACAAAUAUUGAAUGGUGAUUCUCUACCAGGUACCUCACUAGGUGCUGCAAAGAUGAAAGUGAGAAGACUAGUUGAGUAUCCCUUAUCCAGAAAAGCUUGGGAACAGAAGUGUUUUGGACUUGAGAUUUUUUUGGAUUUUGGAAUAUUUGCAUAUAAAUGAUGAGACAUUUUGAGGAUGGGACCCAAGUCUAAGCAUGAAAUUUAUUUGUGUUUCAUAUACUUUAUACACAUAGCCUGAAGGCAAUUUGAUACAAUAUUAAAAUAAUUUUGUACAUGAAACAAACUUUUGACUAAAACCAUCACAUGAGGUCAGGUGUGGAAUUUUCCACUUGUGUCAUGUUGGUGCUCAAAAAGUUUCAGAUUCUGGAGCAUUUCAGGUUCCAGAUUAGGGAUGCUCAACCUGUCUUCUUUCCUUUCCUCCCUCCCUCCCUCUUUCUUUCCUUCCCUCCCUCCCUUUCCUUCCUUCUUCCUUUGCUCUGUCUAACCUCUUACUAGAUGAUACGCUUCUGAAGUGGCACCCUUUUUUCAUUUUUAUAUCGGAGUGUCUUGCACAUUACUGUAAGCUGUCUAUGAGCUGCCUGAUGACAUAAUUUUAUUAUUGUGAACCUGGAGUUUUCUUAACAGACAGCUGGCCCAAUUUUGUAAUUACUGUCAAGAAGACUUAAGGUUGAUAGUUCUAAAACCAAAGUCAACAUUUUUGGUAGGCAUUCCCAUUCCCUAACAUUUAAUUGACUUACAGUUCACAAUCCAGUAAAAGAAGUUGACUUAUUAGGGGUACAUUUGACCACUUCUUUUUUUUUUUGGAAAGGGCACCAGGAAGUUAUAUAACUUAAAGUCAAACAUUCUUUGGGAGCAUGAUUGAGAUUUCUUUAUGACCGAAGCGAGCAUGUGGUACCAUCUGCUUUGGAAGAUGUCCAGGCUAAAAUGACUGUGUCUGAGUUCUGUAGAGAAGAACUGUGGGGGCUCGAUUGACUGUCUUGGAUGGAACAGACCCAGAUUUAUCUCCUGAGUGGAGUCUUUGUCCCGGGCCUGUUCCUGCCCUCAGCCCACCUCUUUACAGAGAUAAAGGGGCUGUCUGUCCUGCUCAGUUGCCUUGACAUUUAUAAAAGGAUCACUCUUCAUGUUGCCAGAGAUGUUAACUUCAGACUCUCUGCUGUCAACACGUGACAGAGGCCAAGUUGUAAGAGAUGCUAUUUAUGAGGACUGACAGAGGGCCUUGCGAUUUAUCCAUGAGUUUCCCAGGUGUGCCCCUAAGAUGAUGACAGAGCACUUGAAAGAGGGGGUCCUUAGUCAAAUCCAUUUAAGAAACAGAGUUAAAGUUGAUUAUGUUUAUUUGCUUCUAAUUUUUCUGAUUUCCAAGAAAGGCAUAAAAUUUCCCAAAUGCAUUUGAUCACAGGACAGUUUUUAUAGAUUAUCUCUUGGGAGUUGGGAACAAGCAGCAACUUUUGGGGGAAAUCUUCCUUUAUGUCAGAGAUUCUUAAACUUUUUAAUCUCAGGACACCUUUACACUCUUAAAAAUCAAGAAGUCCAAAGUGAUUCUGUUUAUGUGGGUUACAUCUAUAGAUACUUACUGUAUUAGAAAUUAAAGCAAAUUUGAAAAAUGUUUGUUAAGUCAUUUCAAAAUAUUAAUAACAAACAUAUAGGUUAAUAUGA